AUGCAUAUGAAAGCCCCCUCCCUACUCUGCAUACUGCUAUGCGUUCAAUGGGCACUUGGAAGGCGGAACAAACAUGGCAUAGAGUUCUACAUCAACCCAUGGCACGGGGACCCCCAAGGGAGGGACCUGCGUGCGGUUAGAAGACACCCCCCCCUAGCGUGCAAGAACAAAUCCAGUGGUGACAAAUGGAGCCAAGUCGAACAUAACGAAUGUGGCUUGAGUCUUAACAUUUUAAAAGUAAAUGAAAACAAAGUAAUCGAAAAUUUAAAAAAAAGGGGAAUGGAAAAAAAUAUUAACCAUGUUCAAAUGUUAAAAAAUUUAAUAGAGGAAAAAAAUAAACUGGAAAUGUUAAGAAAUAAUCUCCGAAAUAUGAGAAAAGUUUUAUCCGAUCUAGUAAAAAAUUUAAUGUUUGCUCAAAAUGCCACUAUUAAAAGCGCACCCCAGGGUGGAAUCUCAGAGGAGACAUCUUGCAUGGAUAGCAACGAAGUAGAAAUAGAAACACGAAACCCACAAAAGGACACCCAUUUUAAAGAAUGCAAUAUCGAACGAGUGAAAAAAGAAAUAAACCAAAUAAACGAACAGAUUAACAUUAACGAAACGAAGAUAACCUAUUUGAGGUACAAAAUAGAGGAGCAUUUCAGUAGGCUUCCCAACCUUUUACUAUGCAAAGUACCUGAGGGAAAAUCAAACAACGGAAACAAAAUAGUCAAGAUGUACAAAAUAAAAAAUGUCGAAAUGGACAAAGGUAACACCUCCAUAGAAUCGCAUGAAGAAAUUUUAAAAAGAUUCGACAAUAAUCAACACAUUUUUACCAACAUAACGAACAAAAUUGGCUUUGGCUAUAACGUACUAGUAAAUAAUAUCGCCAAGUUGGAGAGGGCAUUAAUUCACUUCAUGAUUAAUACACAUGUAAAUAAAUUCCACUACACGUAUGUAAAAGCGCCAGUAAUAGUUGCCAGAUCGGCCUUAACCAACACAGGGCAACUACCAAAAUUUGAAAACGACUUAUUUCAAAUUAAUAACAAUUAUAAAAUUCUAAACGAAGAUGCUUUUCUAAUUCCUACUAGCGAAGUUUCUCUAUUAAACCUCUUUAGAAAUACCCACUUAGAUUCUGAAAAUUUACCCAUUAGGUUAGUGAGCCAUUCUUCAUGUUUUAGGAUAGAAAAGAACUUUACCUAUGGAAAAGCAUCGAAGGGAUUGCUACGUGAACACAUUUUCGAAAAAGUAGAAUUAGUUAACAUCACCGAUAGGAAAAGCUCUCAUGUGUUUUACAAAGAUUUAAUUAAACAUAGUGAAUAUAUUUUAAAGAAAUUGAAAAUUCCCUACAGAAUAGUUCUUCUGAAUUCCUUUGAAACUCCAUUUUCUGCAUCCAUAUGUUACGAUUUAGAAGCCUGGCUACCCAGUCAGCAACGAUUUGUUGAAGUUUCUUCCUGCUCCAAUUGCUUAGAUUUCCAAGCCAGGAAACUAAAUUUAAAAUAUAAAAAGAAGGACAGUACCUUUUUCUGCCAUACUAUUAAUGGGUCCGGUUUGGCCGUAGGACGUGUCUUGGCAAUCAUCCUCGAACAGUAUCAAAUAGGGGGGACCUCCCCAAAUGAAAAAAAGCAGCUCAUCAUACCGAAGCCUUUGCGGAAAUUUAUGAACGCGUCAUUGAUUAGUUUGUAG